GGAGAAGCCUGCUGAUGUUCCUGGAGCCAUGGGCAGAAAGCGUCUCAUCACAGACUCUUUCCAAGUGGUGAAGAAGAAGAAAAGAGAUAGUAAGGAAGUAAAGACUCAGAGCCCUCCCUGUGAUGCAGGGACAGUCCAGGUCGAAGCCUUCCUGCAAGAUGCUGUGCACCCAGACCAGGCAGAGGUGUUGAAGCAGUUUGAUCUCAGCUGGGAAUUUGGGCCCUGCACUGGAAUCACCCGCUUGCAGCGUUGGGAGCGAGCGGAGUUACUGGGGCUCAACCCUCCCACCACCGUGCAAGAGCUGCUGCUGAAGUACAAGGGGAAUCCCACCAUUAUGCACAGCUUGUGGCAUGAAUAUUCACUCUGAGACGAACAACUGGCAAUACCUCAAGCCGAGAAGGAGUCCCUGCUGCUUUGAUGUGGCUGCCAAUUGAAUAAUUCCUUCAUUCCUAUAAUACAAGUUGUCCAUAGUAUGAGGAAAGGCCCUGGGAAGAUGCUGAGGAGU